CCAUAAAAUGUUUAUUCUGGCCGAGGGCAGAAGAGGGUUGAGUUGGAUUUCUUUACAUGAGCACCUUUAUCUACACCUUUUAUCCAAGUGUCACUGAAAAGAGGAAAACUAAAGCUUAAAUCUGUUCAAAAGAAAAGUAAAAUGUUUUCAAAUCACAUAUGCAAAGCAAGUGCAAACCGUGAUGGAGGAGCAGGGGUCAAAGGGAACCAGCCGGGCCUGAGGAAAACAGAUGAGGAGCAGAAGGGAGGGGGAGGCCGGUGAGAAGAGGACAAGCAGCGGGCGAGAGGAGGGAGGAGCACCGCCAGGAGGCUGCCGUGCGCUCUCUUCAGACAGGACCCAACAGCAGCGGUAGCGGGACAAUGGACCGUCUCUAACCGCGGAUUCUAACGGGCUUUCCGGCUGCCUCCAGCAAACUGGACUCGCAGGUGCAGAGUGUCCGACAGCCCAAAGAUGCUGCCCUCCUCCUCUGUGCUCUACGGCUCUUCUCCAGGGGGCAUCUAACUCACCCAAAAACAUGAUGAAAACCGAACCAUCAGGAGGCACCGGGACCUCCUCCGGGAACAGCGGGGGAAACAGUGGGAACAUUACCCUGCGCAGUGCCUCUCCACACCGGAAUGCGUAUGAGGCUGGGCUAGCUGCGCUCAAGAAGGCCACCGACCACCUCAACAGCACCGCCACUAAAGGAGGCAUUGACCGCGGAGCCAAACCUGCCCUCCUGCCCCGUCCGAGCGAGAGGGGCCGCAAAUAUGGAUCAAACGUCCACCGCAUCAAGAACAUGUUCAUGCAGAUGCAGUCACCGGGAGAUGAGGAAGAUGGGAAAGCCAUUGGUAAAGAUCAGGAUGUGAAAUUAACUUUAACCCGGACGUCUGGUCUCAGCGAGCAUGUUGAUCACAGCGCGCUUCUCAAAAUGGGCAGCACAGUGUCUGAAAGAGUCACUCGCUUUGACGGCAAAACUGAGGGAAUGGGCACCUCUAAACUACAAGAGACGAGACGGAUCUUCGAACAACGAGUGUUACAGGAGAAGCAAGCAGCCACCAACCGAAUCUUGCUGAAGAAAGAACGGGCAUCUGGGUUUCAGGACAGCCGCUUGGACGUGGUGGCUAGAUUCAAUGGCUCCACAGAGGCACUGGACCGACUUGAUGACCCGCCCGCUCCUGUGCCCGCCUCCAUCCCAGCCCCUGAGAAUGUGACAGGCCCCGGAGAUGCUGUUAGCCCCACUGUUAGCCAGCUCAGCGCCGUGUUUGAGAAGAGCAAAGGACAGCUGCAGAACAACUACCUCCCCCAGCGCCGAUCGGGUCCUGCAUUAGGGCCAAAACCAAAACCUCCCCCCAAGAACGAAGCUCUGAAGAAGGUGCUGGCGCCUGAUAAAGAGGGUGCGACAGAGAAACCUACAGCAGUGACGAACCAGGAAGUGCAAGAAACAUUAUCCAGUUCUCAGCCGGACUUGGACGGAGAUGUGCAGAGCGAGGAGAAAGACGGCAGCACUGGAGCUCCUGAAAUCAUUGUGAACCACUGCACCCCGUCCCCCGUGCCUCCCUCUGUUACUGUGACGUCAGCCAGCUUCUCUGAGGAACUCCCCGAGUCCAGGGACAAGGGCUCCAGCACAGAGCCCAUCAUCAUAGUGGAGCACUGUGAAACCAACGGCAACGCGGAGUCCGAAGGGGCCACUCUGGUGCAGGCACAAGUCCACGCCGCCUUAGAAAAUGGACAGACCGAGAUCCCAGCGUCACUGGAGCACAGGGACCCAGACAGGACUGAGGAAGAGGAGGAGGGGAGGGAGGACUACUCCGAGGGCGAUCUGGUGGACAUCAGUGCGUACAGUGGCAUAGGGGAGGACGACUCGGGGGGCAGCCAGUUAGAUGAUGAUGACGAGGAGGAGGAAGAAGAGCCGUAUCAACCUGAGAGCAGCAGCCAUGAGAUCCAGGGACUUCCUGAGGAGGAGGAGCCACCGCCGGCCAAUCGGAAGAUCAGGUUCAGCACACAGCCAAUCAAGGUGUUCACAACAUACUCAAAUGAGGAUUACGACAGGCGUAACGAUGACGUGGACCCGAUGGCAGCAUCAGCGGAGUACGAGCUGGAGAAGAGGGUAGAGAAGCUGGACCUGUUCCCUGUGGAGCUGGAGAAAGAUAGCGACGGCCUGGGCAUUAGUAUUAUUGGGAUGGGAGCAGGAGCAGAUAUGGGCCUAGAGAAACUUGGGAUCUUUGUGAAGACAGUGACAGAGGGAGGAGCAGCGCAGAGGGACGGCAGGAUACAAGUGAAUGACUUGAUAGUGGAAGUGGAUGGGACCAGCCUGGUUGGUGUGACCCAGGCCUUCGCUGCCUCUGUUCUUCGUAAUACAUCUGGCAUCGUCAAGUUUGUGAUUGGUCGGGAGAAACCGGGAGAGCAGAGUGAAGUGGCACAGCUGAUCCAGCAGACUCUGGAGCAGGAGAGGUGGCAGAGGGAGAUGAUGGAGCAGAGAUACAAACAGUACAUGGACGAAGAUGAUGAGACAGGGGAGUAUGCCACAGAUGAGGAGGAGGAGAUGAGCCCGAUGUUUCCAAACUCCAUUGAAGUUUUUGACUUGGCAGAGCACGAGGCCACGCUGUCCCCUGUGGAGCUGGACCCAGAAAAAUUGGCACACAAAUUCAAAGAGCUCCAGAUCAAACAUGCUGUAACCCAGGCCGAGGUCCAGUUGCUUAAGAGGAAGCUGGCUCACGCUGAGCAGGACCGGCUGCGUUGGCGGAUGGAGCGCGCUCAGUUGGAACAAAGCAUCAGGGACAGUAAAGAGCGCAUGGAGAAGCUGGAGGGCUACUGGAUGGAGGCUCAGUCUCUGUGCAAGGCUGUAGAUGAACACCUAAAGGAAACCCAAUCUCAGUAUCAAACCUUGGAGCGGAAAUACAGCAAAGCCAAAAGACUGAUCAAAGAGUACCAGCUCAAGGAGGCUGAGUAUCUGAAGAAAGAGGCCGAGCAGCAGCAAGAGCAGGAGCAGAGCCAGGCCACGCACCAAGAGGAGACAGUCAACCUCCAGGAAAAGAUAUGUGACUUGGAGACCAAAGUGGAUGCCCUGAAGACCCCAGACUCCUAGAAUCUUGCUGUCCAAAACUGAGGAAGAAUGCUGCCUUUAUUUUAGUUUGUCUGCUGCAACCAAUCCAAUAUCGAGCUGGGAAAUGGAUUACAACUCUACAACACAGCUUACAGCCCCCUACACUCAAUUUCCCACAAUGCAUAUCUCCUCUCACAGAUCCAAAAUCAUACUUGUGUGUCUUCCUGGCAAAGUGCUUGGCAAUCAACAUGGAGUUUUGGAGUAUUUUAUUGUCAGACUUUUUCACAGCAUGUUUAAGCAGGGAUCCUACUAUGACUAUGGCUAGUCACAAAGUGCUUUACGGAGGGACAGGCUAAAGAAGACGACUGGUCAUUGGAUUGCUGUUGCCAUACAUUUUUGUGAACUGUAAUACAAAAUGGCUACCAUGUUUUUACGGACAAAUUGGGUGGCCGACCAAAUCCAGGGACUUAACUUACUUAGGUCUGUAUCCAGCCUAAACUAAAGCAAUGGGAUGUGUAUUGAAAACAUGGUGGUAUGUUGUUUGUACAUAUUCUGUGUAUUUAAAGCAUUUAGGUGGGUAGGAAAGUAGGACACAACAGGAAUUCAUCUCUUGACAUAUAUGGCAAACAGGGUGUGACUUCUAUGGUGUAUAUACAAUAUGUGUUUACGAAAAUGAAUUGUGUUUUUACAUAUGCAAAAAUGACAUUUCACUAAUACUAAAGACAGUCACACACUAUGCUUAAACAGGAUAGAAUAAUACCACAACCGAGCCCACAAACGGAUUCAGAUUUUAAAAGAUAAAGCAUUUUACUUGGAUCUUUUUAACAAUUAAUUAGUAACUUUAGUCCUACUUCAGCCACUGAGCAGAAUCAUCCAUUACAAAUAGUAUGUUAAUGUAAUAUAUACUGAACAACACAAGAAAACUAACAACAUUGCAUACAUAUUAUUGAAAAAGUAAUUUAUUGUCUCUUUAUUCCAGUUAAUCCAUUUUUUGCAUGUAAUGUAAACACACAAUUCCAAUUAGCAGAUUAGUAGACGGUCCCAGUGGCAGUGUUAUGAAUAUAAAUAUAAAGUUAGUGCUUGAUAUCAAGAACAAAUGUGGGUAACUAAUCAGAUGUUAUCCUUGGAUUCUGACUGAGUUUUCACGUAUUUCUUCCACCUGGGAAAUACUGCAGUAUGAUUUUAGAAAGGACAGGGCAGUUUGAUUCAAAUCUCAUUAUUUGCAUGUGGUGCUGAGUAGAGCAGUGCACUGAAUCGUAGAACUAGAACAUGUGUAUGUAUCUCCACAAGAUUAUCAUCUGAAAGUAUUUUUGUUUUUUCUGGAAACGGCUUGCUGGCCAAGCUCUGAUUCGAUUUUUGUAACUGAAAACAUGUCCAAUCAUUUUAACAGAAAACAGGAUUAAAGGUGCUGUGUAGCUUUGUGAUCUAGUGAAGGCUUUACAGAUUGCAAUUACCCAACAGAACUACUGAUUUCAAUUUGUCAUUUUGAACAGAAUAGCUGAACAACAUAAAAAUAAUAAAUUAGUAUAAAUAAUUACCAAUCUAACCAUUUACACAUCGUACCUGAGUCAGUGAGCUCUGAUACUCACAACAUCUCUCUUGUAAUUUCCCCAAACCUUGUAUAUAAGUCUUUCUUAAUGACUAAAUAUGUGGCCAUACGAGUUUGAUAAACAGUAUUUGAUUUUGAAUUGUAUGCAUUGAGCUCAAGUUAAAAAUGUGUUUUGCCUAAAAAGCCUUUACAUCGACUAUCUCCAUUCAUCUCUGACUAUCGCUUAAAAUUUAAUAAUAUAUCAAAAGUAAAAAAUAAAAAGUUUGUAGGAUUUUUAUUGAUUUGUAUUGGUCAAAGAAUGUAACCAAUUUGAAAGAAUAGCUUAACCAGAGUCAUAUGUAAUUAUAUUUAUUUAAUAUUGACACUGACCAUUAGUAUUAGCAUAUAGUAUUGGGAAAAUGUUUGUGCAAAUAGAAAAGAUUACUCAAAAGGUCUAGAAUGGCGAUGCUUGGGCCUGUCAUGAUAACAAAUUUUGAAUCACGAUAUAUUGCUACAGAUAUACUGCGAUAAAUUAUAAUAUUGAAACUACUUUAUGCCACUGAUAUAAAACAUUUUUAAAUAACGAACCAGUAAUUAAGCCAGAGAAAUCACUUAUUUAACCUUUUUAUUACAACAAAAAUACCCAAAUCUCCCCACUUUUACAAAGAAAAUGUACACACAAUGAAAAAAUAUAUUGAUUUCAUAUAUUUAACGAUAAGUCGAUGUAGUAAUUAUCGUGACAGGCCUUACAAUGCUUCUGGUAUGACUGAGUUUUAUAGGGGACAACAAUGAGCCAUACUGCACACAUUUACAUUCACAUAUAAGAGGCUGUAUAGUUGUCAUUUGGCACACUUUCUUAUGUAAUGCCUUGUGUCUACUCGCUCUACUUGUCUAACCACUCUUGAGGGAUUGUAGCACUGACUGUAGAUGGAUUAUGCCUUCAAAGCCCCCCAAUAAGCCAUUGUAUUGUAGAAAGGUGAUCAAUAUUAGUUUUUGUCACUUCCUUAUGCUUUACAUAGUCCUUACUCUAAAACGUGCAGUUAUUUGAAUGAAUUGUUGGUAUUGACACUCUUUGGGCAGGUGAAUGGGUCUAGUGCCUUGUCUUGGUAAUAGUAAUAAAAAUCAAGUGAGAAUUUAGUUUUCGUAUGUGUUGAACCAUAUCUUAAAUCACACAUGCUGGCCACAUUAAUUAGGUCUGUGUUCUAAUGCACUUAUUGUGAAUGGGAUGUUUGACUUGAAUUGCAUUUAAUACGGUGUAUCUAAUAAAGUGGCCGGUUCGUGUAUGAACAGAACGAAUGAGGUGAUGUACCCUAUAUGUUAUAGACCAAGAGUAGGACAAUCUUUUUCAAAACUCCACGUCCUCCUGCUGAUGCCACCAUGUUUGUCUCAACAAAUGUGUCAGAAUUAAUAAAGAAAUGAAUGAAAUACA